AAACAAAAAAAAAAAAAAAAAAAAAUGAGCAUGAUGAACAUGUUAUACUUUAUCAGUCAGGUUUAAAAGAAAAGGCAAUGAAGUUCAACCAAUUAGUGUUCAUUAACUAAUAAUUCAAGAUUAUAGGGCACAUGUUUCAAACAGGAGAGUCUAAAGUAUAUUCUCUUUAAUCGAUCCCUCAACUCGUCUACAUUUGAAAAAAGUAUAUUCUCUUUAUUCAUUAUUUCCUUUCCAAAAAUAUCUUCCUUUCAUUUCAUUUAAACCCAAUUUUAGAGGCCUCGAUGUAUUUAUUCAUAGCGAGGAGAAGUGAGACCGUGAGAAAGGGAGGUUGAGAAGAGAAGCGAGGAGAGGCGAGCUCGAGAAAGAGGAAGAGUCGCCGGGAGAAACCGCUGCCGCCACUGUUGCUUGCUUUUUCAGAGCCACCAUUCUGCCUCCGUCUCUGCCAUUGCUGCUACCACGCCCUGCCGUCCCUGUCCGCUGGAACUGCUGCCGUUGAAGCUGCCGGAACCACUGCCGAUUCUGCUUCUGAACCUGUUCCAACGCCGUCACCUCUGCCUUCUCUCUUCCACUGCCCCUAUUUCACCGGAUUCGAGCUGCAUCGCUGGUUCUGUUCUGUCUUAUUUGAGCUGCUUCCGUGAGUUGUAGUGGUAGCCGACGUCCAUGUCACCGCUGAAACUGCCCGAGCUGUUGCUGCUUCUGCUAACUGCCUUUAUCCCUGAAAUUCUGUGACUAUCAAAUUAAGCUCUGAGAACACAUCAAAAUUGACAUGCAUGAGCAUGAAGGGUAAUGGUCAUGAUUUGCUAGGGAAAAAUGGUGGGAAAACGCAUGAAUGUGGUGCCAAAAUGUGGAUCAAUGGGAUUGCUAAAUGCAUUUGAAUUUUAAUUUAGUAGAAGUUGUGCUCGUCCUCUCAUUCCCGCAAGCACAACCUGCCUCACAGAAAUCACAAUCUCCAAUGGAGAUUCAUCUCGUGGAUUCCACUUGCCUUAGAUGGGCCUCUUCCGUCUCCUCCACAUCCCCCUUCAUGCAUUCAACGGAAUUCCUUAAACACAGCCACAACACCGCUCCAAAUCCACCGUUCCCACUUCGUGUUGAAUUCAUGAAGCGAGGCUUGAAACCAUUGUCUUCUGGGAUCCAAAAGGAUUCCAACAAGGACCUAUCACGGAUUCUGCGAACGGAAGCUGCCAUCAAAGGGGUGGAAAACAAAGGGAAGUCAUGGAAGCACAGGCAGCUAUGGCCCAAGGCUGUUCUUGAAGCCUUGGAUGAGGCCAUCAAAGGGUGUCGAUGGCAGGCUGCACUCAAGAUUUUUGCACUUCUUCGUAGGCAACAUUGGUAUGAACCUAGAUGUCAAACAUAUGCAAAAAUAUUGAUGAUGCUUGGCAAGUGCAGGAAACCUGAAGAGGCUGGUCAGAUCUUUGAGAUAAUGUUGUCGGAAGGGCUUAGACCUACUGUUGAUGUCUAUACCGCUCUGGUAGGUGCUUACGGUCUAAGUGGUUCCCUUCAUCAGGCAUUUCGUACUGUUGAAGAUAUGAAAUCAGUUGUUGACUGUGAACCGGAUAUAUAUACAUAUUCUAUUCUUAUCAGCAGCUGCACAAAAUUUCAACGUUUUGAUUUAAUUGGUCAUGUUCUUUCGGAGAUGUCUUAUGUAGGCAUUGAAUGUAACAAUGUCACAUAUAAUACCAUAAUUGAUGGGUAUGGUAAGGCUGGCAUGUUUGAACACAUGGAAAACUCACUGGCGGAUAUGGUUGAAAGUGGCAAUUGCCAACCAGAUGUUUUCACACUGAACUCUAUUAUAGGAGCAUACGGAGAAGGUAGGAAAAUUGACAAGAUGGAGAAAUGGUAUGAUGAAUUUCAGCUAAUGGGCGUUAAAGCAGACUUAAAGACAUUCAAUAUGAUGAUAAAGUCCUACGGGAAAGCAGGUAUGUAUGAGAAGAUGCAGUCUGUUAUGGAUUUUAUGAAACGGAGAUUUUUCUCUCCUACAAUUGUAACAUAUAAUACGGUUAUUGAUGUGUUUGGAAAAGCUGGAGAAAUUGAGAAGAUGGAUAAACACUUCAACAGGAUGAAGCAUCUAGGUGUGAAGCCUAACACUGUAACUUAUUGCUCUCUUGUCAAUGCAUAUAGCAAAGCUGGGCUUAUUGACAAAGUUGACUCAAUCAUGAGGCAUGUAGAAAAUUCUGAUGUAGUAUUAGAUACUCCCUUCUUUAAUAGUGUUAUUAGUGCCUAUGGCCAAGCUGGCGACUUAGAAAAGAUGGGUGAAUUUUUCCGGGUAAUGAAGGAAAGAAAUUGUGAACCUGAUAGCAUUACUUUUGCUUGCUUAAUGCAGGCUUACAAUGCUCACGGCAUGACUGAGGACGCCAAAAAGUUGGAAAACAUUAUGGUUACUGACAAACGUAGCUUCGGUCUUAAACAUGUAAUUGAAAUUGUACUGCAUGCCCCUUGAAGCAUUCGUAUUGAAAUUUUCGUGUCUGCUUCUGCUACAUAUUCUUUUCAUGUCAGUGCUUAUUUACCUACUGAAGUGUAUCAAUAUUAGACUUUCCCUCUUAAUUUUUAGAGUUUCAGCUAAAAUGGAAAGGAAAAAGAGCAAAAAACAAGAAACACGGAACAGGGUCAGCACGCCAUGGAGGCUUCCCUGUUCAAGAUCUCACAUAGCUCCAACGGCAGAUCCAGCCACUCCUCAGCCCCAGCAAGGUUGUAAGCACCCAUCUUGGCUAAAGCGUCUGCCACAGAAUUUGAUUCUGUUAGACAAUCAAUGGCUAAUGCAGAGUAAUAUAGAAAAUGUAAUGAUUCAGGUUGUAGAAGAAGUGUAUAGAUUAUUAUUAUUGAAUGGAAAUGGAAAUAGAUGGAAUCGAGUGUCAAAAAUAAUUCCCUUUUCGGAGUCAGGGAUGAACUCCUUGAGAACAAAAUCACAAUACAUUCCUUAUGUAACAGAAUUGAUUCCUCUCCUUUAUAAAAUCCUUCUAACUAAUUCUUUAGGCCA